CUGGUCUUCCUCGAUAGCGGCGCGAGCGCCCAGAAGCCGCGUGCGGUGAUCGACGCCAUCUCGCAGUGCUACGAGGCCGAGUACGCCAACAUCCACCGCGGCGUCUACGAGCUGAGCGCGAAGGCGACCCAAGCCUACGAGGGUGCGCGCGCCAGGGUGCAGCGCUUCGUGAAUGCCCGCUCGGCGAGCGAGAUCGUGUUCACCAAGGGCGCGACGGAGGCGAUCAACCUGGUCGCCACGAGCUGGGGCGGCGCCUUCCUCGGCGAAGGCGACGAGGUGGUGCUCUCGGUGCUUGAGCACCACGCCAACAUCGUGCCGUGGCAGCUGCUGCGCGAGCGGACGGGCAUCGUGCUCAAGGUGGUGCCGACCGACGAGCGCGGCGACUUCCCGCUCGAUGCUUACGAGGCGCUGGUCGGGCCGCGCACGAAGCUGGUGGCGCUCACCCACGUCUCCAACGCGCUCGGCACCGUGACGCCUGUGGAUGAGAUCGUGCGCAUUGCGCGCGACCGUGGCGCUCUGGUUCUGAUCGACGGCGCGCAGGGCAUCGUUCACUGCCCCGUCGACGUGCAGGCGAUGGACGUGGAUUUCUACUGCUUCUCGGGUCACAAGCUCUAUGGGCCGAGCGGUAUCGGCGUGCUCUACGGCAAGGAGGCGCUGCUCGCGGCCAUGCCGCCCUAUCAGGGCGGCGGCGACAUGAUCGAGCGUGUCACUUUCGAGCGGACGACUUUCGCCCCGCCGCCGGCACGCUUCGAGGCAGGCACGCCGCCGAUCGCGGGUAGCCGUCGGCCUUCACGCCGCGAUCGACUAUGUCGCAUCGUUCGAUCCCUCCGCCGUCGCCGCCCACGAGCAUGA